AUGGUCAAUUCCACUUUGUGUCCCUCGGACAACACGGCAGCGGUAGAGCAAGACAGUUUCUGGAGCACCUCGGGGGUGGACUGGGAUGAUCACCGGAUAGGAUGGCUCAUAGCUGGAUGUUGUGCGGUCGUGACCGUCGUAUUCACUAUCUUUAACGUGCUACAACACUGUCUACAUUAUACCAAUCGUUCGGAACAACGCCAGAUAUUGCGAAUAUUGUACAUGCCCGCCGUGUAUGCCGUCAUUUCUUUUGUUUCCUACAGAUUUUUUCGGAGUUAUACCUACUAUUCUCUCAUCGAAUCGGCAUAUGAGUCCGUCACUCUCAGCGCCUUCCUCCUUCUGCUUAUUGAGUUUGUUGCCGCGACUGCAUUAGAUCACAACAUUGACAACGCGAUUGCGCGAAAAGACAAGACCAAGUUGCCCAUACCGUUUUGUUUCUGGAGAUACAGACCAACAAAAGCAUACUUCAUGUAUACCCUCAAGUGGUCCGUCCUCCAGUACGUGAUCAUCAGACCAGUAUUGUCUAUUGUCGGUAUCAUUUGCCAAGCCUAUGGCGUCCUCUGCGAGUCAGGCCCACUAAGUUUUAAGACCGCCAAUGCGUACAUUGAACUGUAUAACACAUACGUUGGCAGGAUUGCGCUUUAUGGGCUUAUCUUAUUCUAUGGCUUGACGCGGGAAGAGCUCAAGGGUCGACGUCCACUUGCAAAAUUCCUGUCGAUCAAGCUCAUUGUCAUGUUCACGUUCUACCAAGGCCUCAUAUUUGAUGCUUUGGAAGGUCGUGUAAUCCACGCGACGCAAUAUUGGACUGAAACCAAUAUUGCGGAUGGUCUCAACGCAUUGGCAACAACAAUAGAGAUGGUAUUUUUUUCUGCGUUCAUGAUCUUUGCAUUCUCCGCCGCAGAGUACAAAGUUCCUGGCGUCCGGACUGGUAUUGGGCGGCCACUAAUAGACAGCAUCAACUACAGUGAUUUUGCGGUCGAGAUAGCGGGCUCGCUCAAGUUCUUUGUCGCCUAUGCUCUCCGCCGGCCAUAUACGCGUGGUACCCGAAAGACGAUCACGGAUCGCGAUGGCAAGACGCGCCCGAAGAUGGAUUUUGGCGAGGCAUUCGGCGUCGCCGCUGCUGGCGGGUCGUACAGCGUAUACAGCGCCGAGAAUGAUCCAGUCGGCGGCCUGCGCCCGCGCAUGAGUUAUGACGAGAACAUCCGCCUCGCGCCAUAUACAUAUGCCAGCCCGCCCGCAGCCAUGGACACGCGCGUUACUGCAGGGAGCCCAGGCUCUAGUGCGGCGUCAUUACAGGACGGCUACGCGUCCCCCGGAGCGCGGUCCCCACGACGCUCACCGCCAUAG